CAUUCCAGCAACUACCAGCGAACAAUGGAUCAGUCAGUUUCCUCCCGGCUGCAUGGUGACAGCUGCGCUCAGCAGACUCCGGGACAGAGGCAGUCAGUCCCGCUGGGCAGCCAGACAUUGUUCUGCAUGGAAAUUGGGCAGCUUGUGAAAAUGUCACAUUGCUCUGCCUGGGGUGGCCUCCAGCAAAUGGACACUAAUGAGGCCUCUAUGGUUCUGUGUUCAUAGAUACAAGGUGGUGAACUUCAGGACCACGCGGAGUUUCGGCGGAACGUGGGUAAACUCCUGGGCCUCGCGCACCGAAGAACAGCGCUCAAGGGAAGGCGGCGCUGCGCGCGGCCCUCGAAGAGGAGCAGGACGACCCCAGGCGGAGGAGCGGAGACGUCCAGCCGCGGCACCGGGCACCGCCCCGCGGUCCUCCGCUCCUCCCCCAGCGCUCGGCGCCGCGCGGGGCCAUGGCGGACGGGAGUUGCUCUCGAGCCCCCGGGCGGGCGGGCGGUGAGCGGCCGCAAGGGGAUGGGGACGGCCGGGGCUGGGCUCGGCACGGUAGUGCGGGCGGCGGACCGCCGUGCCCGGAGCGGAGCCGCCGCGGGGCCACGUCGACACGUCGGGGCUGCUGGAGUGCCGCCGCUGCCGCUACCUGCGCACGGGCCGGGCCUGCUGCCAGCUGGUGGGAGCGCUGCUCGCCGCGCUGAUCCUCGUCUGCAGCUCCGUAUCCUACGGCUCGGUGGGCGGCUACACGGGCGUCCCCGGCCAGGGCGGCAUCUACUACUACAUGUACGGCGGGGCGUACAGCGGCUUCAGCGGAGCAGACGGGGAGAAAGCCCAGCAGCUGGACCGGCGUUUCACCCAGCUCAAGAUGCCAAUAGCCAGGGCGGCGAUGGCCGUGGGAGGAGCCCUCCUGGUCUUCUCUUCCGCGCUGAUUUUGGUUGGCGUUGUACGGCUACCGUGGCGUUUUCCUGCAUGGCUCCUACUGGAAGGCGUCCUGGACACAGUGGUUGCAGGGGGUUUGCUGUUUGCUCUGUACUGUUUCUUCCAUCAUCUGCUGGGGUUUUAUGAUUCAUCAGUGUGCAAAGACAGAGCACACCUUUACCAAAGCAAAGGCUAUCAGGGCUUUAGCUGCAGCAUGCAUGGGGCAGAGAUUGCUGCUGGCCUCCUGGGCUGUGCGGCUGUCGUGACAUUCCUGCUUGGUGCAGGCCUGGCUGUCAGAGGGUACGGAAUAGUUCACAAACUGAAACAGAAGCCAGAACACAUGUAUGAAGAGUAGAAUUACUCCUCUGCUCCAGUAGUAGUCCUGAUUUUUGCCAGCCUUGUGGCAUGCUUUUACUUGCUUGGGGACAGUGCCUUCUUAUUACUAUAACAAAGCAUUCACCAAAAGCAUAGCUCCAAAUACAGUGAAACCAAGCCGUUCAAACUUAAAUUUGCACAGUUGAAUUAUUAGCGGACACAUACAGAUUGUCUUUAUCUGGUGGCUGUUCUGCCUCUCCAGCACAUAUCUGAGAGAGAAUGCAUUGCUAACUGCUGUUCUUAUAAACUCAGUAAUGCACAGGCUUUGUCUAAAUAGCAAAACUAGUUUUGAAUGCUUGCAGCCUAGGAAGAUAAUUCAGCUUUGGAGAAGCCCUUGUUUCUGAAUGUCAAUGACUGAAAAGAGAGAUCACAUACCUGAGCUCUGGGUUUCCAACAUCAUACCCACAUACCCUCCUAGCAGUAGGGUAAUUAAUGUCAGUAGUCACUCAGAGCACAUCAAGUAGCAUGGGUAGGACGUGUUGCAGACACAUGCUGGUGAACAGCUUCCUACAGCUGAAUCUUUUACAAAGGGACUGUGACUGUCCACUGAGAAUGGAACUCUUAAAAGUGAGCAUUGAAGCUGAUGGUUGCCAAUUCCUGCUUUGUAAAGGUCUCUUGGUGCUAAAGGGGCAGCUUUAACAUGGCAUUUAUAUUGCCAUCAGAGACUCCUGAAAUAAACUUGUAGGGUGGUCAGCUUAAUUUGUGCCUUCUUUUUACUCCCUUCUGGUGAGGGCACCUCUCUGGAUGGAGCACUCUGUUGUGUAUACUUGUAUACAACCUUUUUGCCUAAGAGCCCAGAGUUUGACUCAUCAGACGUAAGUUUUAAGAGCUCACAGAGGUGAUUUAAGAAGAAGGUGUGUUGUUUGCAAAACAUUUUUAGUGUACAAGGUAGGGAAACGAGACUGAUUCUGUGUUGUUUAUGAACAAAUAAAGGUGAAUUUUCUCUUCAGAA